CAUGAGAGUUCAAUGUUCAUGGUCAAGCUCUUUCAGCUUUUACGCUGGCUUCAGAGCAGUUCAGUUACUGUACAAACCGUUGCGCACAAAUGAGUCUGACUGCAGAGAGCCACAGGAUCCAUCUUAGUGAUGGUAACAGUAUUCCACUCCUGGGAUUGGGCACUUAUGGAGACCCUCGAACUACACCUAAAGGCACAGCCCUUGAGUGUGUCAAGCUGGCCAUAGAUGUGGGUUACAGGCACUUCGAUGGCGCACUGGUGUAUUUCAAUGAGCAUGAAGUGGGCCAAGCCAUUCGAGAGAAGAUAGCUGAUGGAACUGUUAAAAGAGAAGACAUCUUUUACUGUGGAAAGCUCUGGAACACCUUCCAUCCACCUGAACUGGUGAGACCAGCCUUGGAGAGGACACUGAAAACUUUGAAACUAGACUAUGUGGAUCUCUACAUUGUUGAGCUGCCCAUGGCUUUCAAGCCUGGAGAGGAAUUUUAUCCUAAGGAUAAGGACGGAAAAUACAUCUACCACCACACAGACCUCUGUGCAACAUGGGAGGCUUUAGAGGCUUGCAAAGAUGCAGGGCUGGUUAAGUCCCUGGGAGUCUCCAACUUCAACCGCAGGCAGCUGGAGAUGCUGCUGAACAAACCCGGCCUCAAACACAAACCUGUGUCCAACCAGGUGGAAUGCCAUCCAUAUUUAACACAGCCCAAGCUUCUGGAGUUCUGUCAUCAGAAUGAGAUUGUGAUUGUUGGCUAUUGCCCACUUGGCUCUUCCAGAGAUGCUUCUUGGGUGAACUUAAAGUGUCCUCCGAUGCUGGAGGAUGAGCUGCUGGUAUCCAUAGGGAAGAAGUACAAUAAGAGUAGUGCUCAAGUGGCUCUUCGCUUCAAUGUGCAGAGAGGAGUCGUAGUGAUUCCUAAAAGCUUCAACCAUGAGAGGAUCAAACACAACUUCCAGAUAUUUGAUUUUUCACUCACGGAGGAAGAAAUGAGAGCCAUCGCAGCACUGAAUAAAAACAUCCGCUUUGUGGAGCUGCUGAUGUGGAGUGAUCAUCCAGAGUAUCCCUUUCACGAAGAAUAUUAGACUUUUUAUAGGAAUAUUCCAGGGUUAUAACAAGCGCAGGUCUAUUAGAUAUUAAGGAGUGUAAACUUUCAUUAGGGACCCAAAUGGUGGGAACUGGAGCAGUUUUGAGUUUGAACAGAACAUGUGUUUACAAUAAAAAUGCAAUGAAUGUUGGCAUGUGGGACAAUGGAGCUACGUCCAAAUAAAUAGUUAUUUUAA